AUGCCAAACCUGCUCCUGUUAGUGGCUGCCAUUGUGAGCUGCACCCCAUUACUUCUCAGCGAAGCCAUUGUGUACGUUCCAGGUCUGGUGCCCACUGCGCGACGGUCACGGGACGAAGUACGGCUGGAAGUUAAUGGACUACACUCCACCACGAAUGGUGUGCUAUACCCUUAUUAUGAAGCACGCACGCCGUUCUGUCCCCAUUAUGAAAAAUCCGGCGCGGCGUUCUCGCAGAGCUUGGGUCUCGGUGCCAUUCUGGGUGGAGAGCGCCCACAGUGGUCAUCGUACUUCCUAUAUAUGCUGGAGGGCAUGUGCAACUAUGUAAAAUGCGAGGGAGGUUCACGGAUGAGCAGUGCUCAGGUGAAAUGGAUGCGAAACCUGAUUGAGAAAAACUAUCGUGGUCAUAUUAUGGUAGAUAAUCUGCCAGCUUACAACAAUGGCUCCUCUUUUUAUCAGGGCCACUGUCAAAGGUCUUUUUACAAGUUGCGACCCGACUCAGCCGAUGUUCAGCGGGGGUAUUAUUUGGGCGUUCCGUCGAAGUGCACGGGUGGACCUGUGUACCUGAAUAACCACCUGCAUUUCAUUGUGCACUAUCACACUCUUUCACCGGACGAAGCGUUGAACUACGAAGAAAAGGAACUGUCCGAUGGAAACGUGGUGCACCAGCUCCGGAAGCGUUCCCUUCGACGUAAAGGAAAUAAGCGCAAAGAACGAUCUGGCGCCAAGCCUGUGGUAACCAUGGAUGGCGACGCUGAGUUGAAGAUGGAAUUUGAGGACGAUGAAGCAGAGGAGGAAGCCCUCCACACCAUCGUUGAUGUGGUUGUGCGACCUUUCUCCAUCGACUGGAAGAAUGUAACUGACGGCCGUCCCGACGAGUGCCCCGGUUUUGGUGAUAAUGAUGAUGAUGAUCCGGUCCUCGACAGCAACAGUAUCAGUCUCUCUGACCUUGAAGGAGGUAAGUUUCUUCCGUUGGUCUUGGACGAAUCGCUAACCACGAGAAGUAUCGCGUGGACCUAUACUGUCGAAUGGCACGAGAAGCAAGAUGUUCAGUGGGGUACACGCUGGGACGCGUAUUUUAGCGUGUCGAGCGCAAAAGCCAACAAGGGCACGCAUUACUUAUAUGUGGUGUAUUCUGUGCUGGUGGUGCUCGCCAUGUCUUCUACUGUCUCAAUGAUUCUCCUGCGUGCUCUGCGUCGUGACUUUGUGCACUACAAUUCCUUAUUGGAAGUUGCAAAGGAGCAGCAUUCUGAGACGAUUGUCGAGGAGCACGGGUGGAAAGCGAUCAACGGGGACGUUUUCCGACUUCCAAACCGCGCUAGUGAUCUGGUCGUGCUUGUGGCCUCCGGCACGCAAGUGUUUUUUGCAGUCGCAGCAUUAAUGGUGGUCGCGCUCUUGGGUUACGCCUCUCCUGCAAACCGAGGGAGUUAUAUGUCCUUCAUGAUCAUACUUUUUGUGUUUGCUUCUACAAUGGGUGGAUUCUUCACUGCGUGGUUGACGAAGUCGCUCCACUUGCCGCAACAAUGGCAUGUGAUUGCAAAGUUCGCGUGCGGGUUGCCAUGCGUUGUGUACCUUACGUUUUUGUUCUGCAAUAUGGUGCUCCGUGCGGCACGCAGCGCCGGUGCGGUUCCGUCUAUUAUAUUUGCGAUGCUUUUCAUUAUGUGGUUGUGCGCUCUCGUACCGCUCACUUUCUUCGGUGCUAAGAUGGGAUUCGCUCUUGCCAGCCGCAAAGCACCGUGUCGUGUUAACCCCAUUCCACGACCUAUCAACGCCUCACUGAUGCCUCUUUUUCUUCAAACCAAUUACUUGCUGUUGUACUCUGGUACUGCAUCGUUUGUCGUGAUUCUGUUUGAACUUCGACUCAUCUUUUCCUGCCUUUUUCAGGGGCUCACAUACCACUUCUUCGGCUUUCUCACUGCCGCCUUUGUGCUGUGGUCAUUCACAUGUGGACUCACUUCCGUUUCUGUUGUUUACUACCGCAUGUGCGCAGAGGACUACCGGUGGUGGUGGCUGAGUUUCGCGGCACCGUCCUCCCUUGGACUGCACUUCAUGAUGUUUGUGGGGUACUUCUACUGCAAUGUGGUGCAGAUGACAUCCAUUGCAGCGACGGUGCUGUACGUGACGUAUAUGACACUUUUAUGCCUCCUGUAUGUUCUGUGUAGCGGGUCCAUCGGCUUUCUGUCAGCGUGGACCUUGGUCAGAGCUAUAUUCUCAUCCAUUAAGUUUGAUUAA